AUGGAGGCUGUGCUUAAUAACAUCUCCUCUUGUGCUCAAAGCUUAGGUAAGUGGCAUGAAAAGAAAUAUGGUAAGCUGCCUAAGAAUAUUUGGAACACUAAGCGAAGGUUAGCUGAAGCUGAAAAUAAGGAUAGUUAUGCAUGUGAUCAGUUUGAAGUUAAUGAGUUAGAAUCUCAACUUUCAGAUUUACUAGAAAAAGAAGAAAUAUUUUGGCAGCAAAGAUCUAGAAUACAGUGGUUGAAAGCAGGAGAUCAAAAUACGAAAUUUUUUCAUCAAUAUGCUAAUACAAGGAGACAAAAUAAUGCUAUUCCAGGACUGACUAAUGAAGCUGGUGUUUUGUGCUCUGAUGGGGAUGACAUUCUGAGUAUUAUUGAAUGA